AUGGAAAGAGCUCUUCUCGUUCUAGACUUGGCAAAAGCAAUGAUGGCUUCUCCGCACGAUUGGGCGGUUUUACCCCCGGAGCUUUUGGUGAACAUCGCCCGCAAACUUGAGUUAAGCCAAAUGUGCUGUUUCAGCCUGGUGUGUCGAUCCUGGUACUUGGCCAUCAACGACAACAACGUGUUCUGGCGUCAAAUGCUCUGCCAAGUGUUCAAGACCUCCCAAAUCCCGGUUCAUGCCUUUAGUGAGCCCAAACCCGACUGGAAAGCCGAACUCUUCCGUUUGACCAAUAAAGUGCCGAGUGUGAACACGCAAACUCUUACCGCUCACAAGGACGAGGUUCUAUUUGUGAGCUUCUCUCACAAUUAUGGAGAUUUUGUGUCCUGUUCCAAGGACCGCUCGUUCAUCAUAUGGCGGUAUAACAAGAAGUCGCACGAAUUCGAGAACUUCAACACCAUUGACAUGGCCCGUUACAAUUGGCUUUACAUUUGGAGUGGCCAAUACAGCAGCGACGAUAAGAAGCUACUCAUAUCUGGUGUCAUGGACAGCCUUAACGGAGAAAUCGCCAUCUACAACACCAAUCUGACCUCGGAUUCCAGUGAUGAUAACGAUUACGAAUAUAUUUGCCGUUUGGUGAAUGACCCAUACGAUGUGAUGGGUUGUUGGUGCACCGAGCGAUACUUCAUUUCCGGCUUCUACCAAGUGUCCAAUGAUCCUUUGGCUCGAGCCGUCAAUGUGGUCCUGUUCAUUUGUGACUACCAGCCCAUUUCGCCGAGUGAGCUCUGGAAUCGCAGCCCUGAGGACGAAGCUCAACUAUUGAGCGUUGAAAACUGCAUCGGGAGGGUGUUCGACUACCGGAACACAUCGGCCUUUCAAUAUCUGCGAUUAAUUCGCGUGUUUUCACAAAAGAAACAUGACCCGAGUAAGAAAUUUCCCAUGGAGCAACGAAAUCCCGACCCUGGCAGACAUAUCUUGCAAGAGGACCAACUUAUUGGACCCGAAUGUGAAGAGGUUCUGCGGAAGAAUCAAUUGUGUUUGGUGGCGAUGUACGGCAGUAAAACAACCGUUCCUCACAAAAUCGGAUUUCGCGACUUGACAUUGGACAGUGUCAUUUGUCCUAAGAGAAUAGCAGAUUUUGAUCAUAGCAUCGAGUUCCAUGGUCAAAUUGUCAGUAUUUCAUGCGCCAAAGAUGACCUUCAAAUGUUUGUGGCUGUCCGAGAAUGGCCCGAAAACGCAGUAGCUACCCUAUCAGAUCCUCCACCCAUUUCUACAGAGGUGAUCGUUUAUGCAGUUGAUCUUCAAUCCUGGUCGCUGACUGGACAGGUGUUCAAAGGUGCGAUCGGUCGGACGUCACCUUAUGACGCGUUCUAUUUGUAUACCGAUUCAUCGGCCAAUUUCUUGGCUUGCGGAUCGGAAGAUGGCCGAGGCGUGAUUUGGGACCGGUUAACGGGCUUGAAGCUAUCUACCCUGGAUCACGAGCAAUGCUUGAACUGCGUGUCCUUCCGAGUGGACGAUGAAGAGGUGUGUGUGACUUCCUCAGACGACCACACGAUCAAGGUGUGGAAAUCCAAAGAUCGCGUCAAACGUGAAAUGUCAGAGAUUUUGUUCGACUAAAUUCUAUUCACUCAAGUGGCCACAAAGUUGGCUCGACAAUGGACAACAAAUUCGGAAACGGGGUCUUCGUCGCCAUCGCGACGCAUUCCGCCAAUGAUUUCCUCAUUCUCCACCAAUGGCAAGAAUAGUUGCACGAAUUCCGGGCUGUACGGUGGUUGAAUCGUGUCCAGAACUUCGGUGACAAAAUACCUGCCAAGACCAAAAAGAAAUUAUUUUAGCAAAUAUAACUUUUUACGGCCGGAA